AUGACGGAGACCCCGAUGUCCGCUAGUGAGGAAAAGAACCAGAUUGUUCGGGAGAGGCUCUCCUGGUUCGGCCUGAACCCGACCGUAGAGCUGAUACAGCAAACCAUGGCACAGGUCGAUGUAGAGAUCCGAGAGGCCAGAGCACACGAGAUGAACUUAAACCCACCCCAGCAAAACCCCGCGGCAGGGAUGGCAGUGGACCCGGCAGAAAGGGCUGGGAAGCCAAAGAUUCCCCAUGCAGCGUUCCGAUGA